AUGAGCGACACGGAUGGCGCUACAGGCCACGAGGAGGAGGCCAACUGCGUGGUCUGCCAACGACCGGAUAACGCGGAGGACAUGGUCCAAUGUGACCGAUGUGAUACCUGGAAGCACUACACGUGCGCCGGGGUGGACGAAGAUAUUGCCAGCCGAUCUUUUGUCUGCGGCAAUUGCACUGCCCACCAGACCAACGACGUCAUUUCGGUGUGUAGUGGAUCCAGUCGCUCUAGCUCAGCGUCGGUGUUCUCCAUUUGCUUGAGUCAACUGGUGGAACGCCAGCAGUUGGAGCGAGCAAGGCUGGAAGUGGAACUUCAACGUCAGCACUUGGAAGAGCAACAGAAGCUGAUUGACAAAGUGUUGGAAGGUGGAGAAACCGAUAACAACCGCAAGGGUGGCGUAAGCGACGCGGCGACCCCUCCUUCAUCGAAUAUGCGGCUGAAAACACCACUGCCCCCCGGUGCUCCCCUAGCAUCGGCUGCUCGCCGUUCAGUACCGACCAGUAGCGGAACACCUAAAACAACUGCACCUGUUAUGGUAUCGAUUCCCCUUUCGGUGUUGGAACCGAAAACUGUGGAAUCCCUGCAGGCAGAAAAGGAUCUUCCGAAAAAUGCCACUGCCAAUGAGCCUCAAGCUACGGCACCUGUUAUGGUGUCGAUUCCUCUUUCGGAGCUGCAACCGAAGACUGUGGAAUAUUUGCAGGCAAGGAAGGAUCCUCAAGCAGCCUUGUUGAAACUCAGGAACCGGGUUGAGCAGUGCGAGAAUCGCGCCAACCCAACACCUGAAGAGCUGGCUGAGCUACGGUUCCAAGUAGAAAUGUGCCGAAAAUUAUUGGAAACGUUGCAACCUAACAGCGAACCGAACCAAACAGUUCGACCGACGAACGCAGGCAAUCAGCCAGCGUCGUAUAUACCACAGCAAGCGUCCAACACAUCGCGCGUGGUGGGACAAACCGGCACCAUUCCUAAGGUGAAUCGAUCGUUGCCAGUGGUUCCCGAGAACGAUCAACCCCCGCCACAUUAUUACGCUGAAGAUGGCGCCGUAGGAGGACUCAAGCCGUCAGACGACAUGUGGCCGCUGAGGAAGCCGGUAAGCCAAACUGGCAGAGCUCCGGUAAGUCAAUCCAUCACAACCUCCGAAACACAUCCAAACUAUGUGGAACCCUCAGGUAAGCGUCAUGCCUUGAACUAUUCUACAAAUACAUACAAUUACGCCUCCAACAAUUGCCCCACGACCAAUAACCCAUCUACCCGAGAGCUGCCGCACCUUAACGCGCGCCCGGGAGAAAUGCAAACACCUCCCACAAACCCUCACGAGCAGCGGCGAGAGUCAUUCGCGCACUCGGGUGAUACGUCUUUCGACAGCCAAUUCGAACAAAAUUCGACCCGUUUACCAACGCGUAAUUUCCCCUCGCGUGCGGUUGAUUCGUCUCUGUCCCCUCGUCAUUCAUCGAACGUCCAAGUGAAUCCCCAUCCAGAAAUAGUGCGUCCCACCCAGCAGCAGCUAGCAGCAAGGCAGUCCCUGGCUAAAGAACUUCCUCGCUUCACCGGCGACCCAGCUGAGUGGCCGAUAUUUAUUUCCAACUACCGCUACACCACAGAAGCUUGCGGCUACACGGACGGUGAAAACAUGCUUCGUCUCCAGCGAUGCUUAUCUGGACCGGCAUUGGAUACGGUGCGCAGUCGGUUGGUACUGCCGGCAGCAGUUCCACAGGUGAUCGAGUCGCUUCGUCUGCGUUUUGGUCGUCCGGAGUUACUAAUCAACGCGCUGCUACGGAAGGUGCGUGAAAUACCAGCUCCGAAAUCCGACAGGCUGGAAGGACUCAUCGACUUUGGGAUGGCGGUGCAGGCAUUGUGCGACCAUAUCGAGGCCGCGAACGAACGCGCUCAUCUCUCGAACCCGACACUUCUUCAAGAGCUCGUCGCCAAGUUGCCCGCGGAUCAACGGAUGAUGUGGGCGGGAUACCAACGAGGUUUUCAGCACGUCGACUUAAGGACCUUCGGAGACUACAUGUCAGGAGUCGUCCGGGAUGCAACCAGCGUUACAAUUUUCGAACCGGAAGCAAGACGAAUCAACGCUCGUGAUCGUCCGAAGCACAAAGGGUUUAUCAACUCCCACGCAGCGGGGACUCCGGCUGAAACAGGAGAUUCAUCACGGGAACGGAAGGAGGAACCGAAGCAGUUCAAUUGCACUCACUGCAAUAGGAGCAGUCAUCGAUUGCGAGAUUGCGAUGCAUUUAAGAAGCUGAACGUCGAUGAUCGCUGGCGCAGGAUUCGUGAGCUGAAGCUGUGUCAAAGCUGUUUGUUCAGCCAUGGUCGGAGAGCGUGCCGAAUUCGAAAGACUUGCGACAUCGAAGGUUGCCAGUAUAACCAUCAUAAACUUCUACACUCUUCUGGAGGACCCCCAAAGCCCUCAGCCCCACCUGCUCAGGUGGCUGAAAACCAUACUCAUCGUCAAUCUACAUCCUCGACGUUAUUUCGAAUCGUCCCAGUGACCCUGUAUGGACGAAGCGGCUCGAUCAACACCUUUGCCUUCCUCGAUGAGGGAUCAGAUAUGACAUUGGUAGAGAAUGACUUGAUUGCAUCGCUGGGUAUCCAAGGUACUCCGCUUCCACUUUGUCUACGGUGGACUGGAAACACCUCACGCCUGGAGAAGGAGUCGCAACAGGUCACGAUCGAGAUCACCGGAGUCGGACAGAAGAAGCGACACCAGCUGCUGAACGCAAGGACGGUGAAGAAUCUCGGACUUCCUCGCCAAACCUUCCAAAUGGAAGAAGCGGAAGAGAAGUACCAGCACUUGAAAGGCAUUCCAGUCACCAGCUACGAGAACGUAGUGCCCAGAAUCCUGAUCGGCAUAGAUAACCUGCGCCUAGCACUGCCGCUGAAGGUACGUGAAGGAAAAGAAGAAUCAGCACCGGUGGCAGUGAAAACCAGACUGGGCUGGUGCGUUUACGGUCCCCAAGGAUGCCAAAAACGAAAGUCAUAUAGCUUCCACAUCUGCGAGUGUUCCUGCGAUGAAACACUACACGAUACAGUGAAAGAAUUCUUCGCCGUUGAGGCUACCGGAGCAGGUCCUGUGGACAUCCCGCUCACGCAGGAGGAAGAAAAGGCGUUGAUGAUCAUGGAGGAAACAACUCGACGAGUUGGGAAUCGUUUUGAAACGGGCUUGAUAUGGAAGCAGGAUAAGGUGGAGUUCCCGGACAGCUAUUCUAUGGCCGUACGACGAAUGGAAUGCCUUGAACGCCGAAUGGAUCGCAACCCAGGGCUGAAGGAUAAUCUCCAUCGGCAAAUAACUGAAUAUGAAGCCAAGGGCUAUGCUCACAAAGCCACAAAAGCUGAAAUGGAAGCCGCGGAUCCGCGAAGAGUAUGGUACCUUCCAGUUGGAGCAAUCAUCAACCCCAAGAAACCAGAAAAGGUCCGUGUUAUCUGGGACGCCGCCGCUAAGGUUGAAGGGGUAUCAUUGAACAGUCAACUUCUCAAAGGUCCUGAUCUGCUUUCUUCCCUUCCGGCGAUUCUGUUCCGCUUUCGACAGUACGGAGUGGCAGUAAGUUCAGACAUACAAGAAAUGUUUCAUCAGAUCAAACUAAGAGAAGCUGACAAACAUUCCCAGCGCUUCUUGUGGCGCGACAAGCCGUCCGAUGAACCAAGCAUCUACCUGAUGGACGUUGCCACGUUCGGGAGCACCUGCUCCCCAGCUUCAGCACAAUUUGUCAAAAAUUUGAACGCUGAACAACACCGCGACCGGUAUCCCGAUGCGGCAGAUGCGAUCGUUGAUGAUCAUUACGUCGACGAUUGUCUGAUGAGUUUCGGUUCCGAGGAAGAAGCUGCAAAGGUGGCACGCGAUGUGCGACACGUACACGGUAACGGUGGCUUCAAGCUGCACAACUGGCGGUCGAACAGUAGCAAAGUACUGGAACAGUUGGGUGAAGUUCAGCCUGAGCCCGACAAGCAGCUGAACCUAGUCGAUGGAAAGAAAUCCGAGAGGGUGCUUGGAAUGUUGUGGAGCCCGUCGACCGACGAGCUGAGCUUCUCCACACAGAUGAGCGAAGAGGUCCAGACACUGAUCCAGACAGGAACGCGACCAACGAAAAGGCAAGUGUUGCGUUGCGUUAUGACGUUGUUCGACCCUUUGGGGCUGCUAUCGCCGUUCCUCAUCCAUGGCAAAGUUCUAAUCCAGGACUUAUGGCGAGAAGGUACGCAGUGGGACGAACAAGUAAGCGAUGAGGUCAACGAGAAGUGGAAAAGAUGGUUGCGGAUGCUUGAGUAUAUUGCCGAAGUACGGGUUCCUAGAUGCUACUUUCACAAAGCCACUAGGGAGAAUUAUCGGAAUUCGGAGUACCACGUAUUCGUCGACGCCAGCGAAGAGGCUUAUUCCUGCGCGAUUUAUCUACGUACGCUCAGUGAAAGUGGAGAUCCGCAAUGCUGCCUAGUUGCCGCCAAGUCGAAAGUGGCUCCGAUAAAACCAUGGUCAAUUCCCAAGCUCGAACUUCAAGGAUGCGUGCUCGGCGUACGAUUAGCGAAAUUCGUUAAGGAGAACCACAGCUUGUCUGUCUCAAAGACGUUUUUCUGGUGUGAUGCCUCAGUCGCACUCGGCUGGAUCAAAGCUGACCCGAAGAGCUACCGACAGUUCGUAUCCUGCAGAGUAGGCGAGAUUCUGGAGCACACAUCGACAAACCAGUGGCGCUGGGUACCAUCGAAGGAUAAUCCAGCUGAUGAAGCAACCAAAUGGGGAAGCGGGCCAUAUUUCGAUCCAGAAAGCAAGUGGUUCCAUGGACCCAACUUCCUCCGUCUACCUGAAAACGAAUGGCCCCAGCCCAAGGCGCGCGUGGCCGCACCUACCGAAGAAAUGCGUGCAUCGAUCCUUCACCACUGCUCGUUCGUACCGGUCAUUGACUUUGAUCGAUUUUCCUCCUGGGAUCGGCUACAACGAGCAACGGCAUACACUCGUCGAUUCAUACACAAUUCGGCAAAAAGACAGCCGAAAUUCACUGGACAACUGUCGCAAGCAGAACUCCGAGCAGCCGAAGAAGUCAUCAUCAAGUUGGUGCAACUCGAAUGCUACCCAGACGAGAUCGCAGCACUGACGAACAAGGCACCGAACGAGAUCGAUCAAAGCGUCGUCACCAAGGGGAGCUCGAUUUACCGACUGAUGCCGAUGUUGGACAACGUCGGCGUACUGCGUGAACGAGGCCGAAUCGGCGCUGUCAAAGACGUCUGCUACGACGUGCGGCAUCCAGUCAUCCUCCCACGAAACCAUCGAGUAACGAAGCUGCUAGUACAACGGUUUCACCAGCGGUACCGCCACGGAAAUGCAGAGACAGUAGUUAAUGAGAUCCGUCAACUGUACACCAUCCCAAGACUACGGCUAGUUGUCAAGCAAGUGACUCGCGACUGCACAGUAUGCAAGGUCCGUCGAGCACGACCGGUAAUUCCGCUGAUGGCGCCUCUUCCACUCGCACGCGUAGCCCAUCAUCAACGUCCAUUCACCUAUACAUGGGUGGACUAUUUCGGGCCGCUUCUGGUAAAACAAGGCCGAUCUAACGUCAAAAGGUGGAUCGCGUUAUUCACCUGUUUAACAGUACGAGCCGUCCACCUCGAGGUCGCCUAUUCGUUGUCAACAAAAUCCUGCAUUUCCUGCGUCCGUCGGUUCGUUGGCCGUCGAGGAUCACCCCUCGAAUUCUUUAGCGACAACGGGACCAACUUCCAAGGCGCAGACCGGGUAUUGCGGCACCAGAUUAGUCAGGGACUGGCCGUAACUUUCACCAAUACGAACACCAAAUGGAAUUUCAUCCCACCAGGAGCACCUCACAUGGGCGGCGCAUGGGAACGAUUGGUGCAGUCAGUGAAGGCCGCAAUGGCUGAAGCGUACUCCGAGGGAAAACUAGAUGACGAGGGGCUGCAGACGUUGGUCGUGGAGGCUGAAUGCAUUGUUAAUUCAAGGCCUCUGACGUAUUUACCGCUAGACUCAGAAGAGGCGGAGGCGCUCACACCCAACCAUUUUUUGGUGCUGAGUUCAAGUGGGACGAAAACCGGUUCCGCAGGAGACUCAGCUGCAAUGCACAGUGAAUUGGAGCACCGAGAAUUACUGGGAAGAUCAUGGCAGCUAAUCCAGCGUCAAAUAGACGUCUUCUGGAAACGCUGGCUGACGGAGUACCUGCCGGUGAUUCGUCGGCAAUCGAAGUGGUUCAAGGACACACGAACACUGGAAGUCGGAGACCUGGUGAUGGUUGCGGAGCCGACGAAGCGUAGCGGAUGGGAACGGGGAAGAAUCGUCCGCACGAUUUCAAACUCAGACGGCCGACACCGACAGGCCAUCGUAAAGAUUGGAAUGAAGAACGUGCUGCGUCCAGUGUCACGGUUGGCGCAGCUUGACCUUAAGGUUCAUGGUGAGACUCCGGAAGGGCCCGGAGCACACCCGGGGGAGACUGUCGGCGCAGAAGUCGACAAGCUGGCAACCCUGCCAUGCGAUGCUCCGGAAGCGUCGCAUUCAUGUUCAAAGCGUCGCGUCCGCGGACAAAAGCGACGCGAUGACAGCUGUGACAGACAAGCUGAGUGA